AUGGAAGACCUUCCCAGCGCUGACAUUCGUCUCCCAGCUGAGAUACUAUUGUUGAUAUGCUCUCAUAUAUCCAGACAGGAUCAGCUUCGCUCAAGAUUGGUGUCUCGAAAGCUAAACUAUGCGGCGACAAUUCACGCCUUCGAGUCCCUGAGACUCAUGCCCGAAGGUGAAUCUUCUAAACACUUCAAAGAGAUUGCACUUUCUGAUACACUGAGAACUUUUGUCAAAGAGGUGACAAUCGUCAGCGAGGAGAACCCAGACGUUCAGCACGGCGAUGAGUCCUUUUGGCUUUUUGACGAAUUUCUCGACACUCUCGGCCAUGUGCGCUUCUUCCAAAAUCUGACUUGCCUUCAUUUCCGUUACAGCCAAUUCUCGAUGCCACUUGGGAGGCUCGUUACGAAAGGGGAUUUGUGGUGUCAGUACAUAAUCAUAGAUACUAUUCCCCAGGCCGUUACGGGGCUGUGGGAAGAGGAGAAUGAGAACAACGUCUUCGGCUGCGACCCCGUACAGGAAGGGAACGAUGAGCUGCAGUACGCACACAAUGACCCCGUCUUACCGUCAGGGCAACCGUUGAAGAUCAAAGAGCUUACUAUCUCGAAUCUUGUUACCUUCAACUACCCCAGACUGAUCGAAUCGAAGGCUUGGAACAAACUUCUCCAGCUACCGACCUUGAUCGAUUUGAAAUUCUUAAUCGGGAAAAAGUACGGGCUUGGGAGGCACGACUCUCUCCACUGUGCUCAGAGGCGCAUUCUUCCAAUCUUUACCCUCACAAUGGCUCUCACCCAGUGUGGUCGAGAAACUACAGAUAUUAUCACUAUUCCACACUGA